GGAGCCGCUCCCCUCGGCUCUGCCGCGCUCCCCUCGACUGCGCUCGAGCCCCAGGCGCGCGCGGCCGCCGCCGCCGCCUUUGCUGCUGCCACCGACCACUCUUCCUUCUCCUCGGCUCCCAGGAUCCCUUCUCCCUGGAGGCCCACCUGCUGCAGCCCCUACCUGGGCCAUGUCUUCCUCGGAUGAAGAGACGCUCAGUGAGCGGUCAUGUCGGAGUGAGCGGUCAUGUCGAAGCGAACGGUCUUACAGGAGCGAGAGGUCUGGGAGCCUGUCUCCCUGCCCCCCAGGGGACACUUUGCCCUGGAACCUGCCCCUGCAUGAGCAGAAAAAGCGGAAAAGCCAGGAUUCAGUGCUGGACCCUGCAGAGCGUGCUGUGGUCAGAGUUGCUGAUGUCCUUCGAAGUACAUCCUGCCUCCUGCUUCCCCCAUCCCUGCCUCCUUAGAAAUGCAACAGCAGUCUCACUCCUCAAGAGCAAAGGAAAAGACCAAAAGGAGACAGGCUCAGAGGCUUUCCUAACCGUGUGGUCUUGCCAUAAAUUUAGACUGUGGCUUGGAAAAAAAUGAAAAACCUUCCCUUCAUAGACUUCCUUCUUCCCAUCCCCCCUCCCCCGGCCAUCGCUUUGUUCCUCUAGCCUUCUAAAAUUUUCUGUGUAAAACAGGAACAUCAGCCAAACAUGUGGACUUCCCCCUUUCCAUUCAUUAGAAGAAUGCAUUACUUGAAGAUCUCCUGGGAGCAUUUAAAUGCAAAUUUGGUCAAGAAAGCAACUUGAGUCUGAGGGAAGCCUUCUAGCCACAAUCCAAACCAGAACUUUCUUC